GCGCCCCAGCCCGGGGCAGGGUCGGCUGCCAGUUCGGUGACACAUGCUUUCUUGCUCGCUGGCUCACUCUCUCGUGGGGACAAGGAGGUCGUCAGCACCCACAGAGGGACUUCCAGCAGCUCCCUGCGUUUCUGACUCUCUGCCUCCUUGUCUGUCUGCCUGUGACACGUGCUGUCCCUGCCCCAAACCCUGGGCCAGUAGGCAGUGGCCCCCCCACAGGAAUGGCCAUGAAGACCCUGAUUGCUGCACUGGUUCUGAUUGCUACAGUCCGGGCAGAGCAGAAGGAAAAGUUGCUGCAUGGCGGACCCUGUGAGGAAAUGUCUCACCCCUACCAAGCUGCCCUCUACACCUCAGGCCACCUGCUCUGCGGGGGGGUCCUCAUUCACCCACAGUGGGUCCUCACCGCUGCCCACUGCAAAAAACCGAAUCUUAAGGUCUACUUGGGAAAGCACAACAUUAAAGAAAGAGAGAGUUCCCAGGAAGAGAACUCUGUUGCCUGGGCUGUGGCCCACCCUAGCUACAAUGCUGCCACCCAUGACAAUGACAUCAUGUUAUUACGGCUGAAGUACCCCGCCAGACUGUCCAAAUACAUCCAGCCCCUGAGCCUGGAGAGAGACUGCUCGGCCGACCACAUUAACUGCCGCAUCCUAGGCUGGGGCAAGACAGCAAACGGUGGUUUUCCUAACACCCUCCAGUGUGCAUACAUUCACCUGGUGACCCGUGAGGAGUGUGAGCGUGCCUACCCUGGUCAGAUCACCCAAAAUAUGUUGUGCGCUGGGGAUGAGAAGUACGGGAAGGAUUCCUGCCAGGUGGCCCUGCUCAGCGGCAGUCAGCUCCACUGUGGAGGCGUGCUGGUCAACGAGAUGUGGGUGCUCACCGCCGCCCACUGCAGAAAGAAGUACGUGACAACAGGUGCCGCAGGGACUCCAGCUCUUCUGGGCCUCUGUCCCCCUCUCUCUGGGACCCUGUUCCCCUUCUAA